AUGGACAAAUUGGAACAUAGAGAAAGCCAAAGGUUGAGCACUUUUAGUUUUCCAAACACAGGAAGUCAAUCCAGUACUUCUAUCAAAUCACUUGGUAGCCCACUCCAUGGAAGAUUUAGCUCGCUUUCUUCAAACGAAUCUCAGUUUGAUAGUGGCAAGCAACCACAAGAGUAUGAAAAGAAUUUUUAUUUUGAGGAAUCUCAAGGUGAAGCCAUAUUCAAUAAGUUGAAAACCUACUCUUUACCAGGAGACAAGGAUGGGGUGAAAGCAAGGAGAGACUCUUCCAUAUGUCCAAAAAGAGCCACUGCAAUAUCCCCUCUAAGAAUGGACAGUAAUGAGUUACCGUUACAUUUACGUUCACAAUCACACGAAUUCAUGAAACCAUCAGGAAGAAGAAAGAGCUAUCACAGGAAGAGUCAUGCAAUCUCAUUUAGCAGGUCUUAUAAGCCAGAUUUCAUUGACGACUACGAUUCCAUCUCAAAUACGACCUCUAACUCAAGAAAAACUUCAAUGGCGAGUUCCAUUUUAGAUAGAGAAUUACACUCUUCAUUGGAUACUUCAUACACUCAUCAAGAAUCUCCCAAAAGUACGAUACUAAACACAAAUGAACAAUUAAGAAGGAACGCAAGCGGCAAUUUCGGCAAUUUGGAAGAAUUUGCAAUAAGAAAUCAAAUCAAUAUUAAGGGUAAGAUAUUCGCCGAUAAACCAGAAACUGGAGACAUCCUGCAACCAUUAAUCGAUUUGGAUAUUGGCAACGAAUGA